GCCAAUGAAUACAGUUUUAUAACAUACUGAGGGGACACCGGGAAGAAGAGGGCAAACUGACGCUCGCGGCCUUGGAGUCCGCUGUCCAUUGACAGGGUCAGAAGUUGGCCCUGUGUUUGGUCUUUACGAUGAAAGAAAACCGCGGGAGAGCGCUGAGUGGCGGAGAACUACAUUCAGCCAGUGGGCAUGAAAAUGAAUUUUAGCUGCUAUGUGCGAAAACCCUAGGUGUGCGGACAGAAGGGAGCCAGCCAGAAGGUGACAACAGGUCAGGAAUAAAUAACCACCGGGCGGAAGAUCCCAGAUUCAGUCCUUCCUUUUGUUGGGUGAGGAGCGCCAGGCAAACGCGUCCACAAAGGCUUUGGAAAGAAGCGGUUCGACCGUCCACAGUUGGCGCCAGCCGCGUCCUACAGGCAUGGAUGGGAAGAAAUGCAGUGUAUGGAUGUUUUUACCUCUUGUGUUUACUCUGUUUACUUCAGCUGGAUUGUGGAUAGUAUACUUUAUAGCUGUAGAAGAUGACAAAAUUUUCCCAUUAAACUCAGCUGAAAGGAAACCUGGUGUGAAGCAUGCACCAUACAUAAGUAUUGCAGGUAAUGAACCUCCUGCAAGCUGUGUAUUUAGUCAAGUCAUGAACAUGGCAGCAUUCCUAGCUCUUGUGGUAGCUGUUCUGCGCUUCAUACAACUGAAACCAAAGGUUUUAAAUCCAUGGCUGAACAUUAGUGGAUUGGUGGCGCUGUGUCUCGCAUCCUUUGGGAUGACCUUACUUGGUAAUUUUCAGCUUGCGAAUGACGAAGAAAUCCAUAAUGUUGGAACUUCCUUGACCUUUGGAUUUGGCACCUUGACCUGCUGGAUCCAGGCUGCACUGACCCUCAAAGUCAACAUCAAGAAUGAAGGAAGGAAAGUUGGAAUUCCACGAGUUAUUCUCUCAGCAUCCAUCACUCUCUGUGUGGUCCUCUACUUCAUCCUUAUGGCCCAAGGCAUCCACAUGUAUGCAGCCAGGGUCCAGUGGGGCCUGGUCAUGUGCUUCUUGUCUUACUUCGGCACCUUUGCCGUGGAGUUCCGGCAUUACCGUUAUGAGAUUGUCUGUUCCGAGUACCAGGAGAACUUCCUAAGCUUCUCAGAAAGCCUAUCUGAAGCUUCUGAAUACCAAACCGACCAGGUGUAACCUACCUGUUUUACUUGCCAGUGAGGUGGGUGUGACAGUGGGGCAGGGGCCAGGAGGACACACCUACAGGACUUGACACAACCUCACGACACAUUUUACACGCACACGCACACGCACGCACAUGUUCAUGGCCACAUUUGCCAAAUGAACUUUACAGGGUGAGUUAGUUUUUUAAUGAAAAAGCACAAGCCCUUAUGUGUCAAAACAUACGCAGUUGCAAUGAAAAUAUAUGCACGAUAGAGCAAGCACCUUGUGCGUGAUCACCUCUCUUUCUCCCAGUACUCCCUGCUCUUCUCAUUCUCUUCACCUGCUGCAGAUAUGGUGACCAUCUACCACAGAGUGGGGCGGGACAAUGUCACACAGGGGUAAUGCCAACUCCCAAAGUGGCCUUCUGACCCAAAGGGCUUGGAACCCGCUGCUGAAGAAGUUCUGAAUCUGGCUCCAAUAGUCUUGAAUGGAUAGAGUAUCCUCUACUGGGAUGGAAACUGCAUGGAGAUGUGAGCCUGUGUACCCUAUGCUCAGGCAUGGCAGUAAGGACAGAGCUGCCCACAAAAACCCCCUUCACUGUCACUCAGUGGCUGGCUGUGUGGGCUUGGUGACAGGAACUCGCUGCAGGCUGUGAGAGUGAAGCCCGCUGCCAGGACCCGGACUCCCCUUUGGGUAUUUGUAGGGACCUGGUCUGCCACGUAUGGAACAAGAUGCAGGCAGUGAGGCUGUAGGUUUGUUUUUGCCUCCAUAGUAUGCUAUGUACAGUUUUUGUUUUAUAUUUCAUGGCUUGCUUGCUUUUUUAACUUCACGCAGUGAACUAUUAGGGGUCUCUCAAGGCCUCAUGAGUUAAAAAGAUGUAGGCCAAAUAAAAGAGCUGAGCUCGUUUUCAACUCAA